UGCAGGGCGUGAACUAGGGGCGUGUCCCGCCGGGUCGGGAAACAAAGAGAAGAAAAAGAGGGAGCGGGGAUAAAGGGAAAAGCGGGACUAGCGGCCGGGGCUGAGUGCCGGGAUCCCGCCGCGGCCGGGGCGAUGCUGACAGGGUCCCGCUGCUGCUGAUCCCGAGCUGAGAGCGCCAUGCCGGGCGGAGGGGUGACCGCGGCCUCCUGGGCCCCCGAGCUGGAGGAGAUCCGGGCGAGGCUGGCCGCGCUGGGCCCGAUGGAGGCUGAGGAGGAGGACGAGAGGCCCGGGGAGGAGGACGUGCUGCUGAUGGGGGGUCCGGCCGCACUCUCCGUGCGCAGGAAGAGCGUCAACACCAACGAGCUGGUCCCGGUCCCCAGCUCCGAGCACGUCGCCGAGAUCGUGGGGAGGCAGGGCUGCAAGAUCAAAGCUCUUAGGGCAAAGACCAACACUUACAUCAAAACUCCAGUCCGGGGUGAAGAACCAAUAUUUGUUGUCACUGGAAGGAAAGAGGACGUAGCCAUGGCCAAAAGGGAAAUCCUCUCCGCAGCUGAACACUUUUCUAUGAUAAGAGCAUCUCGUAACAAAAGUGGCCCCCCCGUGGGCACUGUGCAGUGUACCCCCAACCUUCCCGGCCAAACCACCGUUCAAGUGAGGGUACCUUAUCGAGUGGUUGGUCUCGUAGUGGGUCCAAAAGGAGCUACAAUAAAACGCAUACAGCAGCAAACCCACACCUAUAUAGUCACUCCAAGCCGAGAUAAAGAGCCAGUUUUCGAAGUCACUGGGAUGCCAGAAAAUGUGGACCGAGCUCGUGAGGAGAUUGAGAUGCACAUAGCUAUGCGCACUGGAAACUACAUUGAGGUGAACGAAGAAAAUGAUUUCCAUUACAAUGGUACAGAUGUUAGUUUUGAAACUAGCGGCCUUGCGUCCUCUUGGUUAAACGCCAAUCCAACUGCUCCUGUCCGAAACAACAAAAUGGUCUCUAACUACCGGAAUGAUAGCUCCAGUUCCUUGGGAAGCGGCUCCACAGAUUCGUUUUUCGGAAGUAAUCGGUUGGCCGACUUCAGCCCGACAAGCCCCUUCAGUGCAACAAAUUUCUGGUUUGGUGACACCAUGCCACCUGUAGGCUCGGAAGAUCUUACAGAUGCGUCUGCCUUCGAUCCAAUACCAUCCCCUUCAGAGACGAUCUGGCCGCCUUUUGACCCAGGAAAUUCACUUUCCAGCUAUGGAAACGAAGUCACUGCAAAAUCUCAACGUAGAGGGAGCAUGUCCCCUACCUUCCCUGAAGGUUUGGAAUAUCCCCUCACGAGAAGUAUGAGAAGUGAUCUUUCAAGCACAAAUGAGGUUGGGCUGCCCAUCUACAUCCCUGCGUUCUCUAACGGUACCAACAGUUACUCUUCUUCCAGCGGCGGCUCUACAUCCAGCUCCCCGCCCGAGACCCGGAGGAAGCACGACUGCGUCAUCUGUUUCGAUAACGAUGUAGUCGCAGCUCUCGUUCCCUGUGGCCACAACUUCUUCUGCAUGGAGUGUGCUAAGAAGAUCUGUCAGAAGGAGAUGCCGCUCUGCCCAGUCUGCCAGACCCCGGUCAACCAGGCAAUACAAAUACAUUCUUAAAUGUAUCGCGGACAUCUUUUAAAUACUCUAUAGCAAUCUUCCUCUAACACAUAUAUAUUUUUGCAUAUAUGGGGGAAAAACAAAGGCAAGAUUAAGGCUUAAGGAAAAACUGCUGCUGCCACCAUAAUAUAAAGUAUCUGCAUGCACAGUUUGACUGUGGUGGCAUCCAGUUAAUUGGCAUUAAACGUUGGUCUAAUGUUGAUGUGGUAUACACAGUAAAUUAUGAUUUACCGUUGGUUUACAUUCACUAAAAUUAUGUUUACAUAGGUCGAAAUUCAAACUUUUUUUUUUUUUCUUUUAGUUCUUUGAUGUUCCACUGCCUUUAUAAAAAAUAAAAAAUAUAUAUAUUUAUAUUCAGUUCUAUGGAUAGUCAAACAGAGCGAUGAUUUAAGUGUGGCAUUGUACGUCAAAUACUGCAGUAUUUGAAAAUGGCUUUUAAAGUGGUUCAGGGGGAUGGUCUUGCUGUAGACCACUACUCCUGGAUUCUAGGGGAAACACUACCACAAAGAUUGUCAGAUUUUGGGGUGGGAACUGUCCACGCAUCAGCCUAUCUGCUGCUUUUACAAAGAUACGUCUCUGGAUUUCAUUAAAAGCUUUAUAAUGCACAAACCAGCUAAUAAUGGAUACUCCAUUCCAUCUAUUAGUCUGAUCAAGUUAUUAUUCUAUUAUUUUAAAGAAAAUAUAUUGUAAAUGUGAAUACUUUUUAUGAGCCAGCCGUGACUUGAAUUUUAGCUUUACUUAACCAAGGGGAGAGAGGCUGGGACUAUACUCACACAAAGUAUGCGUCGUUUAGGCCGGUCAAAAGUCCGUUGUCCUUCAACGCUAUAUUUUAGAUUAUUGAAAGGAGUGUAAAGUUUUAAUUAUAUCAUUUUUCUUUUCUUAAAUUUUUGCAUUUCAGCCGGUGGAUUUAACUUGAUUAAAUUUUUCAGGGCAUCAUUGAAAGGUUGCAACUGCAGAAUACAAAAAACAAAAACAAUAAAUCUCCCUAAGAAUUUCUAAUAUUUUUGAAACUUUUUUCUCAGAGUUCUAAUAUAAAUCUUUUUUUUUUUUUUCACAAAAAAAACAACUGAAGCUGUAAAAUCUGUUUACCGACUAGUAAAUAUAAAUCUUUUAUUUUUUAUUUCCACUUGAAAAGUUACAUUUCGUAUAUAAUAAUAAAGGAAAAAGUUUACAAAAUACUGUUUUUUUUUUUGUUUGUUUUUUUUUUUGUUUUUUUAUUUUAGUAUAUUUUAUUUUUCUCUUUUCGGUAUAAAAUUUGCCUUGAUGGCAUAAUAUAAUGUAUUGCAAACUUCAAUGCUAAUAGCUUUUAGAAUAGUUUAAGUCAGUAUUGAACAUUUAGCUGCCGUCUUAGCAAGUUCGCACGGACAUUCGCCAAGCAUGUAUUUUAUAUAUUAAUAUUGCAUUGUACACGGCAACUAACAAGCCAAGGAGGUAACAUAUACAUUUAGAUGCGUGUACCAUUUAUAAUAACUUCAACUGUUAGUAUGAAAUCUAUUACUAUAGUUUAGUAUUUGCUAAUUUUACUACACUUUUGUUAUGUAUAUGUAGGGAAGUAAUAGGGAUUAUAAAUUCAGUUUGAGUAAAGGUUAAAAACCAUAUAUUUUAUGAUAAAGGGCCUUUAACUUAUUAUGGCCAAAGCACUGAUAUUAUAUAUUUGCUGUAAAGAGAAUUAUAAGAGUUUUAUUUUUUCGAUAUUAAACAUUAAUAAAAGACAUGUUUCCAUUAA